GUUGAAAGAGAAAAAGAGGUUGAUAUGUAUAUGAAUUUUUUUUUUUUUUUUUUUUUUUUUUUUUUUUGAUUGAUUGAAUAAUCUAUCUCAAAACAACAAUGUUGACGAUGAAAAAGACUCGUCAACACCGACUAGUAGAUUAUACAUUGGGAAUGUGCUUUCUUUGUAAUGGUGUUCAAGAUUUUGGACAUGAAGAUACAAAAAGAGAACUAUUAAAAUGCUUUGAUUGUCAUCGUAACGUUCAUCCUCAGUGUUGUGAACUUGAUAAAAUCUCUGCAGAAAUUGUGCAGACAUAUGAUUGGCAAUGUAAUGACUGCAAAAGUUGCCUUGUUUGUCAAUCAAAAAAUGACGAGAGUAAAAUUGUUAUUUGUAAUCGUUGUGAUAGAGGAUAUCAUACAUUUUGUUGUAAUCCACCUUUAAAAUAUAUACCCAAAGACGAUUGGUAUUGUGAACAGUGCUCUGAUAAUCAACAUAAAAUUGGUUAUAGUCUAAGGCAAUCACCUAGUCACUCCGCAAAAUAUAUUGAAAGUAAAACAAUGAGUGAGGAUAUACCAAAAAGGAAAUAUGUAAAACAAAAGUCUGAAGAAGUGAAGGCAGAUAAAAAAAACGAGGAAGACCAAAACAAUUAAAUCAUAUAAUGUAUGAGGAAGAAGAUGAUUUUUUUAAAACAUUUGGUAAUAAACUAACAAAAGAAGAAGCCAAUACGAUACCUGGCACACCCGUACAAAAAGACAUGAAUAGAUUUGAAAAAGCUAGAUCUAAAAUAGAGAAAACACAGUCCUAUUCUACAUCAUUCACAUUUCAACAAGA